AUGCAACGCAUCUCCUACCGCUCUACAGUGCUCUCAUCGGAAACCUCGAGCCGAGAUAUGCACAAAGCUCUCGAGGCAUCUCCACGUCCCAAGUUUGUCUCCUAUUCCGAUCGACGACAAUAUCCCGAGCAUCAUCCACCUCCACCUCCUCCAUCACCAGUCCACUGGACCCGUGAGAAGCAGAGCCGCUGA